AUGUCACUCAGCCCGUACACCAUCGAUGUAGGUCCGUGCAAGGCAGACGGUAGGCGAGACGUCUUUCUUCAGUGGCAUCAGCGCCCAUGUUUUAGCACGACGCAUCGCGGGAUCACACGGGUCUGCCUCGCAAAAUGGCCGGCGCGCUCGAGGACCGAUGCGGCACUGGAGACGAACGACGUGGAUGAGAGUGAGGCACUGCGAGCACAGCGAACUGAGCAGGUGUAUCAGACCCUGCUCGAGUUCGGUGAUCCACAGGGCCCGCCCACGUCACCUCAGCUAAUGUGCUCUGACCAUGGUGCGGCCGGCAACGAUAACGAUGCGAGGUCUCCUUUGGAGCAGUACCUGUGCGUCUUUCACCGCGAAGAAUUGGCUGAUCAGUAUGGCCGUUACACCUUUGUUCAGCCGCACACGAUCUGCACCGCGUACCGCAUCGCCGACUUCACUACGCUUGAGUUGGUCCUGCACAAUAUCACGCCGACCGACAUUUCCGCCGCCGCAACCGGCGUGUUUGUCCGUGGCCAUCGUCAGUCCAGCAAGGGCCCUCCAUCGAGCACGCCCAUAGAGUAUCAAGGCAUUCAAUACAAACCGGCGUCGAAUCUGUGGUGGAUGGGGGCACCUUUGUCGCUGAAGCCAGUGUACGUGGCCAUGCCGCUUGGUCCGCAGGUAGGCGCGACUGGUGGUGCACCGAAGGGCUUUGUGGACAAGGCAUCCGGGUCGCAUGCGGACGGCAUCGCGGCGGCUGACUCUGAUUACGGUGACCAGGCGGCUGGAGACACAGUUUCGCGCCUAGUGGCUUCCCCCAUUUCCGUCGGCGCCGACGACGGAGCAGCGAAAAGGGAAUCUGGUGACAACACAAGCAGUCCACUGCCCGUGGAGCUCGAGGGCCGCACGGCACAAGGUCAGUUUGAGUUCCGGCACUCCCGCUCCUCCAGUCCCAACAUGUGCUGCCCGAGCCAGAGUGCAGGGCUCCCGGCGGAGGGGCAGGCGCCACAGGUGGCGGCUGCCGCGUCCUCUCCGUCGUUGCCGAGGACUUCGCUUCCUUUGGUCAGCAAUGCCCACGCUCGGUACGUCGCAGUGGAGGCAACGGUGCUGGCGCAGCUGGAGCUCUUUGACUUGGCAGCCGUUAGCUGCACAUGUGCAAGCUCGCUCGCCGUCGUCCGCACGGGCGAUGACGAGCUGGGCCUCGCAACGACGACACCGCAGUACGCUCUGGACUGCAUGCUGUGGCAGUGGUGGCCACACCGCGUCCGGCUACCGAGGCUAGCCUCCGGCAACGCUGCCCUGUCGGCAGUGGCGUCGCCGCAUGCGGCACUUGAUCGCUACGCCGUUUUCGUGUACGAUGCACAUCAAAGCCACGUGUUUGUGUUGCGCACGCCGCACCUACGCAACGGCACCGGUGCCUUCGAGCUACUUUUCUCUUUUCCGUGUGGCAGCCUGCCAUUUGUCUUGCCGUGUUUGCGAGCGCCGCACCCGGCACCCAUCGCUGUGUGCAACUAUCCCCGCCCCAACUGCAUCUCUGUCUACGAUGUCAUGGCGCUGCUGGAUGCCCCGACGGCCGCCACGGUAGCCAUGGAGCUUGACCUAGAGACGUACCAGGCAAACCACUCCGCCUUCUUCGGCAAAGUAUGCACGUCUUCAAGCGGCGAUGACGGUUCAAUUUUCGGAGGAGCCGACAUUUUAUCGAAGAACUGCAGCUCGGCCCGUGGUGUCAUGCCAGCACCUCCACUCCUUACCGGUGAUGCAGACAACGCCAUGGCGUGCUCCGUCACCGCUGCGUCGUGGAGGGCGGAUGCCAUUAACGGCGUGUCCCACCCCAUCCGCAGUAUCUUGUACCACUAUCAGAAUCGCCUCGUCGUGCAGUACGCCUGGCCCAGCGGCUCUGCGCAGCCGGCAGCGACGGAGGGCGCAGACGACGCCGGUGCGGGGCUCGCGUCGUCGUGCGGUAGCGGCGAGUACGAGGCGGAUGGCGAUCGGAGUGUGCGUAGUCGCCACCGGCGCCGUCGCCGCUGCGAAGGCACCGUCUCGUUCACCGUCGAAUUCCCGGCGAUCACACUCGACCAGGACCCGUUGCUCGUCUUUGUGCUUGAGGCACUGAGCGCCGCCCUUGGCGCCCGCGCGGUGGCGGCUCUCGAGUACAUCCUGUUCGCGGAACUAUGGCACUGUAAGUGCCGCGAGGCUGUCGCUGUUGAUGCCUUUGACCUUUGUGCACGGCUGCUGCGCAAGAUCUUCAGAUGUGAAUGUGAUGACUCCGAUCCGGUGCUCGCAUGUGCGAGCGCGCGGGCGCAGCUGCAGCAAGCAGCAGAAGACUCCGAGGUUACGGCGCGCGGGGGGGAGGCCAUGACGGCAGGUGCAGCGCCGCAUGUCUUUGUGGACCCUUCGACCGUGACGCUUCAGCAGAUUCGUCGGACCAUCGCGCGGCACCACACCGCAGACGCACCGGCGUGCUGGAGAGGAGAGGAGGAGGAGAGCGGCACCACCAGCGUCACAAAAACCACCGAUCCGAUCCAGCGGGGGGUGAUUGGCGAGUACGCGUGGAGGCGACAAGAGCGCGGCUUGGCUUUGGUAGCACUGCAUCUGCUGUUUGAGGCGUGCCGCGCACAGGAGCAUCUCUGGUCACUGCUGCCGCGUUUGGCGCGCGUGAACCGGGACCUGAGCAACGCCUUGCGGUGGCCUUCCUACGUAGAGUACUAUGACGCUAUGAGUCCCAGGCUCUUGGCAGCCCCUCCGCCUCCGUCGCCGAAAGCACCGACGCAGAGCUUUACGGACAGCCUCCCGGUGAGCGUGCUGCAAUGUCACUUCGACUCGCUGGAGAGGUCGGACAACGCCACUGCUCUGCGAGCGAGCUGUGCCGCGUCGAUGGCACCGUCAGCCGCCGAGUUUGCCAGCGGUGACGCACCGGCACUUUUUUCGGCGCUCUCCCUCACAGCAAUGCGUAGCAGCACCCCCGCCUCCGUUGCGGUGCCCUAUGGCCCGUGGCCGCUACUGAAGCACUUGCCAGAUGCACACCCCAUCGCACUCGUGAACCGUGUGGUGCUCCUCUACCGCGACAUCUUCGGUGCCUCGGCGGGUUCGCUGACUGCCACUUCCGCGACGAGCGUGGACACCAGCAGAGGGGGCGUUCUCGUGGAUGCGCACGCUGAUGCGACCUGGUGGCAGCGUAUCUGUAGCCUGGUUCUGCACCGGCGCAUUUCUUCGCGUGUGGUGCGGCACGCCCUGAACGCCGCCGCGGCGUACCCGCUUUUGGAGGCGUUGACAAAAGGACGUGAGUGUGCCGAUUCCACGUGGCCAGCGGCACUCCUCGAACUGGUGGGUCGCCGGGACCGGUACCCACCCACCUCGCGGACCGCGCAGAUCUUGAGCGCUGGGCAGCACGUCGUGGAGACCGCGGAAGAGAACGCCGUCUCGCGUCAGUUCCCCGUGGCUUUGACGGACGACGAUGGUGUCUCUGUGCGGCCGGACUUCCGCAAGACCUGGAGAGACUCCCGUCUCGAUAUGGUGCAGAAUCUCUUUAACACGGUCGCCCCCAUUUCGCUCUCGGGGUUCGAGGACCGUCCGGAGGAGCUCACCGGGGCGCUUGAGCUGCUCUCGUGCCGCACGCGAGCGAUGCCGCUCGGUCGCGGCAUGCUCACAAUGUGCACGCAGAGCUUCAAGGUGCAGGAUAGCAUCCCCAUUGCACCGCUGAAUCUGAACGGGCGCACCAACGACGGGAUCAGCAUUGCGAGCAAGCCGGCGGACGACCUCAUGUGGCCUCUUUUUCACAACGGGUGCGCAGCCGGUCUCCGGUUUCUGCCGCUGCCGCCGGCCUUCUGCGCUGGCUCAGGAGAAGCGCCGUUCGCGACGCAGGACACGCUCGGAGAUAUGGAUGCAAAGGAGGCAGCUGCCCUUUCGCCUGGAAACGUCGCGCAGAGUAUCACAAAGCAGUGGGUCAUGUACCAGACGAAGAACAUCGGCAACCCCGCUUCGCGAGCUGGGCUUUUGCUCGCCACGGGGAUCCUCGGCCACCUCACGGUGCUGCAGCGCACGGAUAUCUUCUACCUUCUCAUCUCGCGACAGGAGCAGUACGUCUGGCGCGAGGCCACAACAAUGGCGGUGAUGCUAGGGCUGAGCUGCAGCUUCUGCGGCACCGGAAAUGAGGCGGUGUUCCGCUGCCUCUCGGUGCAUGUGCAGUCGCUGAAUCCGAGUGCCGAGGAUAUCGAGGUGUCCCUGGAUGUGCAGACAGCAGCGCUUGUGUCCAUGGGCCUUCUGUGUCAACAGUCGCCGUCAAACUCCUUUCUUGUGGAGGUCUUCCUCGUUGAGCUGUCGCGCAGGCCCACCGAUGAGCACUGCACCAAGCGCGAAGGCUACGUGCUCGGCGCCGGCUUUGGCCUUGGCCAGCUGCUGCUCGGCGUAGGUCACUCGCACGGAGUGCAGCGCGUUGAGGACCGUCUGCUGGCCAUCAUGAAGGGCGGACCUCGCAGCGCCGCCGUGUCAACGCGCGAGGGUGUCCAGCACUUUGAAGAAACGAUGGGUCGCGGGGAGGCAGGACAUUUCCUCACCCGUGCGCUACUGUCGCAGGACGAGCGGGAGGCCACCUACAACGCGUGUGCGAGUGUCUACGAAGGCGACUGCUACAACGUGUUCGUGUCCGGGCCAGCGGCUGCUGUGGCACUUGGUAUGAUGUAUCUGAGGACUGACAACGCGUUCAUCGCGUCAAGGAUGGCGCCGCCGAAUCGGCGCGCCGCGAUGCAGAAGUUGACGCCGCUGAUGUGCCACCUGCGGAGCAUGAUGGCCUCGCUGAUUGCCUGGAGCUCGAUCGAGCCAACGCGAGUGUGGCUCUACAACCAGGUGCCCUCCGCCUUGUUGGAGCUGACGCAAGCACCGCUGCCGCGGCUCGCCACGCAGCAGAUCAACUACUUGCUGAUGAGCCUUGCCCACUGUAUCGCCGGGCACGUGAUGGCGGUCGGGUUGCGAUUCGCAGGCACGAUGGACAGCACAGCGCGCGACCUCAUCUUCGCGGAGCUACAGGGCUUUCUCGCUGGUCAGGUCGGCUCCACCAAGACCGCCAUUCCCGCCGUACAACGCGCGACAGGUGCGUAUGAGACGUGCCUGCUGGCCUGUGCGAAUGCGCUGAGUCUUGUCAUGGCCGGCACCGGGGACUUGAGGGCGUUAGCGCUGCAGCAGCAGCUGCACCGGCGCACAAAUGUGCCCUACGGCUCCCACAUGGCCAUCUCCAUGAGCAUCGGUUUGCUAUUCCUGGGAAGUGGCCGGCUGACACUGUGCAACAACAUCACCGCGGUUGCGGCGCUGCUCAUGGCAUUUUACCCGGUCUGGCCGAAGGACGCAGAGGACAACACGGGCCAUUUGCAAGCGCUGCGGCACUUGUAUGGGCUGGCCGUGGUGCCACGGGUCAUGGAGGCAGUGGAUGCUGCCAGCCACCAGCCUGUGUCGGUGCCUGUGCGCAUCGUUCUGCGCAAGAAGAAUUCUGCCGAAAUGGAGGCCGGUGUGAGAGCUCAGCCGCGAACCUCGAGUGCUGCUGCUUCUGCUGCUGUGCAGCACGCCGAGAGCACCGAGCAGGCUAUCCACACUGUCACCCCGUGCCUGUACCCGCCAGUGGAGAUGAUCGAGCGGGUGGAGGUGCGCGGCACUCAAUACUACCCACUCGUCUUCUACGCCUUCAGCAAGGAGCUCACGCAGUCGGCGGGUAUGCUGUUUCGCGUCAUGGCGAAGGAGAGCGCCUCCUCGCCGGUGUACGGUCGAGGUGGCGGACGUGUGUUCUCUACCAGGACUUCAAUGGAAUCCAGGCUGCUCGGCUGGCUGCAUCGACUCUUUCGCCAGAGCUCGACGACGAUGACCGAGGCACUCACUAUCAUUGACAGCGUAAAGCUAGUACUUCAGGUGCAGCGCCCACUUCUCUCCCGCACAACAGGGGGCGGUGAGCUGCUGCUCUCCGGCGACUUUGGAGAGGCCAUGGCGGAGGCAAUGGAGAGACGGUAUGCGUUCAUCUUCCUUCAUGGUGGCGUGCCGGCCGUCGAAGGUGUGUCGAGUGAUCCUCACCACCCACUUCGCCAGCUGAUUCUCGAGGGCAAAUCGCGCGCCGAGGUAUUUCAGUCCAUCGCUCGCCAUCCUCAGGGCACGGUAGCGUUUCCAUGUGACUUCACAGCCCUGGCCGUUGGUGGCACCUCUCCGGCAAAGUGGGGAGGAGGGAGAGCGGGGUCGCCGAUGUUGUCUGCAGAGCGGAACAGGUGCCCUGUCAUUGACACGGGUGCGUUGGCGCGCUGGAUGACAGAGGCGUUGCACUAUUACGGUAUAGGUCAGCGGGAGAUCGCGCUGCUCCGGCAAGCCUUCACAGCUCUUUCCACGCCUGCUUCUGGUAGCCCGAUAGGGACCAGCCGCGAGGGCUCGUCAUCGGUGCAGCGACUCACAGCCCUCCUGCAGUUGCAAGCGACGACGCUGCUGCCUUUUGCAACCCUCGAGAAGAUCUGGGCCUGCUGCGUCGACUGA